UCAGAAAUACGAUUAAUUUGCUCUUUCGCUCUGCUGUAAGCAAACGACAUUCCCAAUAUAUCAGAGUAGGUAUCUAAUGCUUUAUUCACCUCAGUUUGUGAAGGUCUCAAGGUCAAAGUACAUCAAUAUGGCGCCCCAGCCUGAAAAUGGAUCUGACAAAGGUGCCAAAUUGACUUUUUGCUGUAACAGAUGCAUCAAGAGAGCUCUCUUGCGCGCUUUCUAAAGUAUUUUUUCUGUACUCAUUUUUCCUUUAUGAUAAGCAAUACCAAAAACAAUGAAAUGGUGGUGUUAUCUCGACCGUUUAUGCAGUUUUGAUGUGUGUGCCCGUUUCAACGGGGUGGCUCAGCUAUGCAAAUAACAACAAAUAUAAGUUUCAUGAGGAACUAUAGAGCCUAGCCCUUCGAAUGCGAAGCGCGGAUGUGGAAGCUUCGAUGGAACGGAUUAAAAGAGAUUAUGGUCGUCCCCAGAAGGACGAAAAUGACCAGAGCCCAUUGUGGACUGCUAUUUUUGACUAUGAAGCUGUCCGAGAAGAUGAGCUGACCCUGAGACGAGGCACCCGAGUUCAGGUUCUGAACGUGGACUCGGGGGAUGAUGGAUGGUGGAUGGGUCAAGCUAACGGUAAAGUUGGCAUUUUCCCUAGUAAUUUUGUGGCCAAAGAUUCACAGCUGAAUGUUGAUAAGAUUCCACCUGACCUAAGGAAUGACAGACCUUUUGAGAUAGACUUCGAGGAAGAACUAGAGCUCGAGGAAGUGAUUGGUGUUGGUGGAUUUGGAAAAGUAUAUCGUGGUAAAUGGAGAAAUGAAACUGUGGCAAUUAAAGCAGCAAGACUUGAUCCUGAUGAGCCAAUAAGUGUCACCAUAGAAAAUGUUCGCAAGGAAGCAAAGUUGUUUUGGCUGCUGGAUCAUAUCAAUAUAGCAGCACUAAGAGGAGUGUGUCUGAAAGCACCAAAUCUGUGUCUGGUAAUGGAGUAUGCUGCUGGUGGAUCUUUGAACAGGGUGCUUAAUGGGCGCCGGAUUCCUCCUGACAUUUUAGUGGACUGGGCAUUGCAGAUUGCAAAUGGAAUGUUUUACCUUCACGAACUUGCACCACUUACCCUCAUUCACAGAGAUUUAAAGUCUAGCAACAUUCUUUUGAAGGAAAAAGUGGACAGUGUUGAUUUAUCCAAGAAGACAUUAAAGAUCACAGAUUUUGGUCUGGCUCGUGAAGCUGAAAAGACAACACGCAUGAGUGCGGCAGGGACAUAUGCUUGGAUGGCACCAGAAGUGAUAAAAUCUUCUCGUUUCUCUAAAAGCAGUGAUGUCUGGAGCUAUGGAGUUGUCUUAUGGGAAUUGCUCACAGGAGAGACACCAUACAAAGGAAUAGAUGCACUUGGUGUUGCAUAUGGUGUUGCCAUUAAUAAGUUAACCCUUCCAAUCCCUUCCACCUGUCCAUCCAUGUUCUCUAAACUAAUGUCAGACUGCUGGGCCCAAGAGCCUCAUGAACGACCAACAUUUCAGAACAUCAUCAAGCGACUAGAAGAGAUUGCCACCUCUCCCUUUGUAACUACACCUCAGGAGUCAUUCCAUACCAUGCAAGAAGACUGGCGUCUAGAAAUUGAGCAGAUGUUUGAUGAGCUGCGCAGCAGGGAAAAGGAACUGCGAUGUAGGGAAGAAGAGCUAACAAAGGCAGCACUGCAGCAAAAGAUUCAGGAAGAGCUGUUAAAGAAGCGUGAGCAGGAGCUGGCAUCACGAGAGAUUGAUCUACUUGAGCGUGAACUAAAUAUUCUUAUCAUCCAGCAGGUCAUGCAGAAACCUACUCCUAAAAAACGAAAAAAAAGCAAGAUCCGCAUGAAGCUCCUAAAGUCAGGUGGCAAGUCCAUCAGUGAACCUUCUGAUUUCCGCCACAACAUUACUGUUCAGAAAGAGGACAUACCAAGUUAUGACUAUGACAAACGAAUGUACAACCCAUCAAGUCCAGAUAGUCCACCAGCUUCUCCUGUUCAUCCAUAUGCACCACCUCGGUUGAGGGCUAUAGCUUACCCAUACAACAUUGGUGACCCGGUAGACGGAAAGAAGGGUAAAACUUGGGGACCAAGCUCUGUGCAAAAGGAUCGCCACCAACGGUCAUCCAUUAUAUUUGCAGAUGGUCGUUGGUCCAAAAGUGCACCAAACCUUGAAAAAUCCCUCCGCCAACUUGGAGGACAUUCCAAUCUUGGGGCUUUCAAUGAUCUCUACAAAGGUGAUGAUAAUCUCCCAGAAUCUCUUGAGGAUGGCACAUCAAGAAAUCGCAGCAUUCCACAAACUCCAGUGGGUGGGAGCCCUAGUGAAGGCUUCACCACCAAACGCAAGAAGCUUGAGGUUGGAUUGUACAACAUGACUGUGGUAUUGGCUGCUGUCGCUGCAGGCUUUGACAUUCGCAUAUCAAACACAGUAGCAAUCCACCCAAAUCUUCAUGGAACAGUGGGUGAGGAAGAGAGAGCAAAGGGGAAAAGGGAUUCUUUCAUCUUUAAUAGAAGAGAUGCCUACCUGGCAGCAGUGCGUGAUUCGUUCAUUGAACCUGAAAAUGAUUUUCGCUCAUAUCAGUACCCUCUUUCAGCAGGAUAUUGGCAUACAUACCAUGGUGUGCAGGCAAGACAAAGACCAAGCCUUAAUGUGGAUGGUUCUCCGCUGGUGCCAGGUGAACAGGGUGAGGAAAAUAUUUCAUCAGGAGGUUUUCAUGGCUUUAAUGCAAGGACAACAUCUCAUCGUUCCUCUUUUGCUGACAGUGAGUCCUCUGUGAUCUCUAGCAAUCCAGCUACAGAAAAAACAGUGAUAUUCAACCGCCAGGUAUCUGAGAGCAGCAAUUAUGAAACACCUACUGCUACAAGACCCUCACAGAACCCACAGCGACGUUCAGUAACUUUUGAGGAUGAUUUCAAUCCUCCAGACUAUAAAGACUACAAGCAGACUUACACUCAUAAGCGCACACCUUCCAAUGCAUCUAACUCAUCCAGUCAUGGAGUGUCAGACUAUGAGGCAUGGUAUCAUCAAGGUGGGGAGCAUUUUCGACCUAUGGAUUAUGCCACCCCUGUGCAGCCUGUUCCACCUCGCCGGAGAGGAACUGGAGAUGCACCCCAACGCCCCACCACAUUAGACAUUGGUGGUAGUCGCACCGGUCCCAUACAGCUGAAGUAUCCAUCGCCCAGCCCAUACAAUCGUAAUGCUCGCUACACACCUCCUUCAGGUCCAGUAGAUAUAGUAAACUCAAAUCAUGAUAACACUCCAUACUUUUCUACUCGGUCACACCUUUCUCCAGGCAACACCCCACCUCACAUAAUGCACCAAAAGACACUCCUGGACAUUGAUGUGGAGGGCCAGAGCCAAGAUUCAACACAGCCGCUGGUCACACACAGGCCACAUCCAUCUGCUGUUGAUUUGGAAAAGGAAUUUUUGCAUUGAUGUUUAGCAAGUGGUCUCCAGCCCAGGUUAUUUUUUUUACAUUAAUGCCAAAUGUUUUUACUAUCACAUAUAGAACUUCUUGAGUCAACUGAAUGCAGACAGAAUUUUGCAGAGAAUGUUCACCUGUUAAAGAAACUGGUAUCUGUCAAACCGUCUGCUUGGAUUCCAGGUGGUCUGUGUUUAAGAAAACAUUAUUCUUGUUUGCUUGUUUUAUCACAAGGGGAGAUGCACUUGUCAGGGUUCAUUAAUCCUUGAGUAAAACCUUUAACUGCAAUCUUUGAUUUGUGCCUUUCAUAACAGCACUAAACUUACAUUAAAGGUAGGUUUAUUGUUUGAACUCAAAAGUAGAAAGGGAGACCAAUUGCUUAACUGUUGUAUAGUGGUCCAUGCUAUAAUACCUCAUGUAAUCUUAUAUUCAUAUUCAUCUGCUGUAUUACAGUUAUGAUACAUUGUGUUUAUGGCAUGAGAGCUGUGUGUAUCUGAGAAAUAUGUGCUGUCUCAAACCAGGCAUUGAAAUGUUUCCUGAAGUUUCUUGAAAACAUGUUAAUCAAAAUGUAUGAAUACGGAAUGUUCUGCUAUUUAUUUAUCAUAUCUACUGUGUGUCAGAAGUGUAGCAAUCAUACUCUCAUUUAAUGUCAUACCUUGUGGGGAUUUUAUUUAGAAAAAUGCAUAUAUUAAUAUACUUAACAGUUAAAUUUCACUGUGUAUAAGUAAUGUGCACAUCUUCAAGUCUGAAUUUUAAUGGACACAUUUUUGCAUAGCAUAGUGUUAUCAUUAUUUCUCUUUAGUUUGUGAGUAUCAUUCUGUCAAUACAACUUUUUCUUGGUGCCUGUAACUGUUCUUGUAAGCCAGCACUACAUACAUUUUGGCAGUAUAGUGGAAAGAAAAGAGUGCUGAAUAUUCCAGAGGAAACUGGCAUUAUUUAAAGUAGCAUCCUUUUGAAUGCUUUUGAAAACUAAAGUUUAGAUUUGUAGCUUAGGCGGUGUUCUAAAGUUAUUUUAAAAUUAUACAAUUUUUUGGAGACUGUACAGUGUUUCAAUUUUAGACAUAUUUCACUAUCUGUAUUUCCUUUUGUAAUAGCAUAAGGAAGCAUACUCAACACGUGCACGUGCAUGCAUAUGUACAAUCACUAGUUGAGAGGGAGGAUAUGAGUUAGGGUAAGGUGGAGGAAAACAUGACAUGUUUAUAAAUUCCUGAGACUCUAGGAGCCAAGCAUAUAACAGGAUAACAUUCAACAAAGCUGCGUGUAAAGAUCAGUUAUAAUUGAAGUAUUGGGCUGUAUCAGUCAUUCUGAUGGUGAAUCAUUUGCAUGUCUAAUUGGCAGCAAAAGGAGUAACCAUUUUAUGACAUACUUUCAUAAUUUUUCUGCAUAAUUUCCAUUUAUUAGAGAGAGUAAAUACAGCUUGUUAGUAGAGAAUCAGUAGUUUUAGACAGUGCACAUUGUUUAGGGAUGGAGAAUUUAUCUCCCCACCAUUACCACCUCUUCUCUUCACCUUUUAUAUUUUCUGCUGUGACGCCCACCCACCCCCACCCUUCCACCGCUUCCUUCCCUUGUCUUGCUGCUGUAGAAUCUCACAUGUACAUAAUAGUGUCUGAAAGUGCAGUUUAUGAGUGUGUGCAAAAUAUCAUUAAUUAUCCAAUCAGUGUUUAAAUUAUAGCCUUAGAAUAAAAUUGUGGCAAGAUCAAAUCAUGAUAAACCUUUUUUUUUUUUUAACCUAGAACAAAGUAGAUAGUUUUGAGCAAGUCUUCAAUGAUUUUUGGUCUCUUGCUAUUUUAUUACCUGUAGAACUGCUUUGAAUCGAGAACACUGUCCAAACCUAGAGGGUUUGUGAGGAUCUUCAUGCAUUAGAAAGAGAAAUAGAGUAGGAGCUGCUCCGUUUAAAUGAUUUUUAAUAUAUUUUUUUAUAUCUGUAGUAUGUACUUUGAAAAUUAAUCUGCCAUUAAGUGCAAAGUCAGGUUUUGUCCUAGUGGAAUUACUUAUUGUGAUAUUUUCACAUAUGCAUUCAUAAAGUUUAGUUUUUAAAUUGUGGAUUAUUUAAGUGUCCUCUACAAUUUCUUCAUAUUCUUGGUCAUGUGAAAUGAGCAAAAAGAAAAAUAUUUACUGCACAGAUUAUCGAGAGAAAACAGAUUUGAUUAGGCAUUUAAUUUAUAGCUCUUGUAUGAUUUGGUGGUGGCAUCAAAACAGUGCGAAUUGAAGAUGACAAGACCAGUAAUUAUUAUAUUUUCAUGAAGUUAGCAUAGCAUCCAGAAAAUAUUUUUGCACAAGAAGUCUGGUUGAAGAAUAUACAAGGGAAAGCUGAAGGCUUAAGUUGCUCCCCAUUGUAAAGAAAGAAAAAUUUGAUUGAAGUGAUAAAGUUUAUGCAUUGUCCAAAAUAAUCUGAAGCAACACAAGUUGAUGUUAUUAAGUGGACACAGUGAUUCAUUAAUGCAAUUCAAUAUAAGUGCUUAACAUAUACUGAUUUCCUAAGCUACAUUUUUGUCAAGUGCCUUUGAAUAAUUGUGAAAAUUUCUGCUAAGAGACAUUACCAUUAGAACAUCUCCUCUGAAAAUGUUUGUUGCAUAUUGCCCUUUUAGCAGUUUACACUGCAAGGCAGCUUCUUUAAAGGGCCUUCUUAACCUUUCACAGACAUUUGUAUGAGUGAAAUAACACAUAAGAGCACCGCUGUCUUUUGCAAAAAAUGACCUUGACAACAGUACCAAAUCAUAAAUGCAAGAUCCUAAAAAUUGAACUUCAGAAGCAUUUGUUCUGGCGUGAACAUUUUUCCCAUUCCCAUUGAGAACUCAAUAUUCUGGAUACAUAUAUGGUGAGCAAUAUAUAAUGCAAUAAAAGAAAUUGCAGAUACAUCUGCUUUUUAUUGUACAUUAAAGCAGUAAAACUUGAUACUAAUGUUCACUUCCCACAGCAACUUCAGUCUGGAGCACUGUGACUGAUACUUGGAUGUUGCAGUAUUUGUGGGUGCAUCACUGUGGGAGUUUGGUUAUUUGAGAAGGCCUUUAGAUGCAUGUUUCUUAAAUGAAUGCAUACAUAAAAUUAAUCUUCUGAAAACACUGCAUGCAACUGUGAAACAUAAAGUGCUGAUAGACAGCAUAAUGCAAUUAAUUUAUGUGUAUGUGUGUGUAUAUAUAUGUGUGUGAUCUUUUUUCUUUCAUAUCCUUAACCCCCACUUAAACCACACUUUGACAACUGAGUGAAUAAAUUAAGCUUGAAAAUGGUUGUCCAUUGCUAUCCAAGUUUAAAAAAUUCAUUUGCAUUUGUGUAAAAAGAAGAUUAAGGUUUCCAUAGCUAGCUUUUGGUCCCUGUCUCUCCCCUUGUUUAUGACCGUCUUUCAAUUCUUUGUGUGUAAGUUACUUUCCUAUGGACUCAAAUCUAAAAAAUCUAAACAUCUUACGUCUUUUUGAAAGCCAAGUAAGUGUCCUUUUAAGGGCAGAAAUUUUUUACAAACUUUGUGCAAAAGGAUCACACAUAUUUAUCCAUCUACAACAACAGCAUCCAAGAACAACAUCAUAUAACUGGCAUCAAAAAGAGUAAACAUGAAUGCCUCAAGAACAAUGGUACGCUAUUUAGAUGCAUAUGUGUAUUUUUUUUUUAAAGAGAAGCAUUCACAAAGGAGUGGAAGCAGGCAGUUCAGAUUUAUUUUCAAUUUAUUGGGGGAGUGGAUGAGGAACUUCUACUAAAUUUUCUGCUGGCAGUCAUUUUAAUCUGGUCGGUUAUUUUAUUUGGGAACUACAUUUCUGUAGCUCAAACUGACUGCAUGAAUCAGAUCUUUCCAGUCAGAAUUUGAAAAAAGGUCUAUCUUUUCAAUCCAUAUCUUCUUUUUUUCCAUUUUUUUUUCUUAGUUUCUCUUUUGUUGUAUUAAGUAUAUUUAUUCAUUUAUUUGAUUAACAUUUUCCACUAUAAAAUGCAAGUAUAGUUUGAAGGGAAAAUAUGCCCAAGAAAUAUUCUUGCCCCAUGCCUGUCUUACAAAGUUUGGGAGUAAAAUUCUCCUCAGGGCGUUGACCACACCUCACUAUUCUUUAAUACUCAUUAGGAAUGAGACUGUUUAGAAAGAUGGAGAAUGUGUACUGAGGAGAAAAUUUUUAGAUUUUUCUGCAUCAGUGGGCAUUGAUCAGAACUUCAGAAAGAUAAGGUAGGGUGAGAUUUCUGUGUUAAUGAAAUUAUGCUUUUUAAAGCAUAUCAUGUUCUCUUAUUUCAUUCCAUGUGUUAAGAAAGAGGCUUGUGUGUGCGAUUCACUUGUCAUAUCAAGCAGCAGCAUUUCCCACUUGUUAACUAAUUCUGUCCUUUCAAACUUGGUAUCUAUUUGAUAAACUGUAUUUUCUUCCAUUAUUGUUAACCUGAUUUUCUCCACGUGCAUAUCAUAAGACUGAAAUAUACAAAAUCAUUGAUUCCUGUGUGACUGCCCUAUUCUGUGAUUGGAAUCCACUUUCUCAAAACCUAUCUUUUUUUUUUUUUUUUUUUUUUUUUUUUUUCAUCAUCAAGCAUGCAGAAUCAAUGAGCUUAAAAUAUGCAAAAUUAUAGUUUCAUACAAUGAACCUUUUUGUAGAUUCACCCUCUUUCAGUCUUUCUCUCAGGGAAAUGGGUUAAUUCACUUGCAAGAUGUGAGUUAUAAUCCCAGCCAGUCAAAAUGUUCAUCAUACACCCACACCCAUCCAUUCUUUUCCAGCCUAAAAAUGGUGCAUGGCAGAUAAUGGUAUAUGCUAAUAAGGCACCAAACUUUUGCCGGCCCUUGCAGACUCCUGCUUAGACCUUUCCAGUCUUUCAUUUUUACAAAUUUCUUUCAAUUUUACAUGUAAAUAGAUCUAUGCAUUUUGUCAUUCUGCAUUUUUACAUCUUCUCCCCCCACCCACCCCCAGUCUUCCGUACUUUUCUUCUGCAGAGGGGAUAGUUCUAAACUGACGUCUAGUAUGUGCCUUUUAUCUGUAAGUACAAAGCAGAUCCAUUUUUUUAAAAAAGUGAACCAUGUACAUCAUUUUGAAUGUCAGUACACUACAGUUACUGUAUAUAAUGUCUUUAACUUGUAUUAAACAAUAUACCUCAGGACAUUUAUACAAGUAUUAUCUUCAUCAACUGGUUUGUACCCUGCUUUGUAACAUAUUUAUGCAAAAUAUAUAUGUGCGCUUCAAGAAUGUAUGCCACUCAUACAAAUAGUUGCUUUGACCAUCUUGGAAAUAGUCAAAAUCACAAUACUAUUUUUCAUUAAUGUGUAAAAUGGUACAGAUAAAUGAUGAGUUAAUACGUGUCUGUAUUUUUUUUUUAAAUCUAAGCAAGAAUACAAAGCAUGAACAAGAGUAUGAUAACAAGUCAGUCCCUAAUCUUACAGUAUACUUAACUUCUUUGUGAGUGAAAGCAGUGAUGACCAUUUUCUGGGAAAUACAAAGAGGGGAUAUUUAUGACACAAUGUUACCUCCUCCUCAUCUCUGGUUUUGGUUAGAAUGAAAAAUCUUUGGUUCAGUAGAAUAUUUGACACAAGAAGCUAUAGCUGCAUAGCAUUUAGUCAAAAUUUUCCCCUGAUUGUUUUAAUUCUUUGUACUUGUGCAUCAUAUAGACUGAGAGCAUCAGUGUGAUUUUCAGCUUUUGUUUACCGAGUGGUUUACCAGUAUUAUACCAGGUCACCAAUAUAAAUGACAUCGGCAUAGCUUCAACAUUGAUAGGACUGCAACUUGUUGUGCUAUAAAUAGUACAUUGAAUGACAGAAAUACACAUGUUUAUCUGAAUAGUUCUUAAUCUCCCUCCCCCAUUUCCCUUCCCAGAUACGCUUGCUUUCUGAACUCAGUCUUUGACUAGGCUUUUCAUCAAGUGUAAAUGAAAUCUAAGGUUAUGAAAUAAUGUCAUAGUUUAUGCAAAGCAGUGCCUAGUAUACUCUUAAUACUGUACACACCAAAGAGGUCAUGGGGAAACUGUGAUGUGCCAGUGGGUGCACUUCUCUCAGAAGUUGCAUGGAUGUUAUGGGUGAUGAUCAUUGAAUGAAUUGGCUUAUUUGUGCAAUGAAGUUAUCCUUGUUCUAUACUUUUAGCAAGACCAGGACGUCUGCAUGAAUUAAUGAUUGAAAUGGUAUAAAGGAUUCUGGCAGGAUGUUUGAUUUUAAUUUAUCUGAUUUCUCAUCUUUUCAAUUUUUAGUUAAUUUAAAGUAGACAAGAAGGUGGCUGUGAUUAUAUCUUUGACCAGCAGUUCCCUGCAUCUGGUUAAUUUGUAGAAACAGCCUGCGUAACAGUUGCUGUUCAUUCUUUUUUAUUAGUGUUCAAAUGGCCAUUACCUCAGAAACAGCAAUUACUGUAAAGUUCUGUAUCGAUGGAGUGGAUGGUAGCAAAUCUUCUGGGGCUCUGUUCAUCCAGUAAUAACAUUUGCGCUUUCACAUGGACAGCACAGCUAGCUGCAGAUGCCCAAUUUGUAGUUUAGUCUUGGUGUUUCUCUGUGUUGGUCUGACUGAAAGGCAAGAUUUGGUAUGUUUUGCAGAAAUGCUCUUUUCACUAUCUGCAGUUAAAAAACCUGAUAAUAUGCAUGUAAUUAAUGCAUUUUGAAAAGUAAUGGCAGUGGAUAAAAAUGAAAUUUUUAUAUAGGGCUGAUGUGUCAGUUGUUAAAUAUUAUGGUUUGUUUUAGCUAUAGCUGGCUUGUUUGCAUAGAACAUGAGCUGUGGUAUCUACUCUUAUCAUUUAUCUAAAUAAAGGUUAGAUUUUAAAAAAAAUAUUGAAUAAGCUGUUUAGUAUGAGCACAUCAUGUCCCCGAGAGUAUGAAAGCCUGAAAUAGUAUGAAUGUUAGAUACAUGUGUCUGGCUGAUGUGCAAUUUUUAAAAUGUUAGUAACAUUCACGUCAACCAUUAGUAAGUGUGAAUCUAAGGAACGCUUUUGUUUUGUUUAAAUGCUAGUGGCUUUCUAAGGUCAGUGGUACUUACCAGCACAAAGUGCCCAAAACUGCUGCAUUUCAGAACAUGAGAUGAGAAUAAUGCUAACUGCUUUGGUGUUGUGUGAGAAUGUAUUUCAUGUGCUGUACAUAAUUUGAUGAGCAUAUUGCUGGUCUUCACAAUUUUUGUCUGCAAAUAGCUCUGUAUGAAUAUAUUUGUACAGUCUUGCUUGUAAGCUAUUAUCAUACACCCAUAUAUUUUAUGAAACUGGAUACGGGAAAUGUACAGAUAAUAAUACUGUUUGAAGAAUAAAGACAGACACCAG